CGCGGACCGACAGACAAACGAGCGCCUGGCUGCUGUUGGACGGAGCUCCGCAGCUUUGCGUCAAAGCCAGCUAAAGCUAAACUCGUGGCGGUGGAGACAAGUCAGCAAGAACAAGGUUGUUAACAGCCUCGUUUACCCCGGCGGCGACACAGACAGCGGACAGGUUAUCGUCGGAACCGCUGCUGGAUCACACAUGCUCAGUUUGGGCCAUUAUCCGCCUCGGAACUCAAACCGGUGCUAAUAUCGUGGCGGUAAUUUUUACGGCUUUUAGAGCUACCUGAUCGUUCAGCCUCAGACAUUUCGACCACACGGAGGAAGGAAAUCCAGAGGCUUCUCAGCGAACACAUGAGGCCCAGCUGAAAAGAUGGACCUGAAUUUUUACUCGGAUUUAACGGACGGUACCGGACAGCACGGUGAUCCGGAGUUCCUGGACCCGCAGUCCUUCAAUGGGUUUGACUCUGACAGCAAGUUCCCUGGAGGCAGCGACAACUACCUGACAAUAUCUGGGUCCAGUCAUCCCUUCCUCUCUUCUUCUGAGACGUUCCACACCCCCAGCCUUGGCGAUGAGGAGUUCGAGAUCCCUCCCAUCUCUUUGGACCCAGACUCGGCUCUUACCGUGUCCGACGUGGUGUCUCAUUUCGGAGAGCUGUCGGACACCAGCCCCUCAGACAGCGUGGUUGUGCCGGGGAACGCCGUGGUCGAAGGGGACGACCCGUCGUUCGCUUCCACAUACGUCAGUGCCCCCAGUCAGGGCCUGGAGCACCUGAGUCUGGGGGUCAUGAACCAGGCAGGAGGCAAUGCUCUGCUGGGGUCAUCACUGGGCAUGGAUCUCGGUCAUCCAAUGGGCUCUCAGUUCAGCAGCUCGUCUCCGGUGACCAUUGACGUCCCACUGGGAGACAUGGGCCAGGGCUUACUGGGCUCUAGUCAGCUGACCACCAUCGACCAGUCGGAUCUCAGCGCUCAGCUGGGGCUCGGGCUGGGAGGUGGAAACAUAUUGCAGCGACCCCAUUCACCUGAAAACCCUUUAUCAGCUACUGCUUCUCCUACCAGCUCGCUCCAGGACGAUGACAUGGAUGAUUUCAGAAGGAGCGUACUUGUUGAAUCUCCAGUCUCUCUGGCUGUCUCUCCUGGAGUCAUCUCCCUCGAUCCCUCCUUGUCCGAGUCCCUGGUCUCCAUCCCAACCUCCAGCCUCUCCUCAACCAUUGGUCGGAAAGGAGGGGUGGGAGGAGGGAAGAAAGGGAAGAAGAAGAAAGACCCUUACGAGCCUCAGAAACCAGUGUCGGCCUACGCUCUGUUCUUCAGGGACACACAGGCGGCCAUCAAGGGACAAAACCCCAACGCCACGUUUGGAGAAGUCUCAAAGAUAGUGGCGUCCAUGUGGGACAGUCUGGGGGAGGAGCAGAAACAAGUUUACAAAAGAAAAAAUGAAGCUGCAAAGAAGGAAUACUUAAAAGCCCUUGCAGAGUACAGGGGAGGCAAAAUACCUCAGUCCCCUAUCGAGGUCAUGGACACGGCCCCGUCACCCCCACCCCCACCCCCACCUCCAGCUCCUCCAGUCACAACCACCCCCACCUCUAUCCCGACCCCCCGCUCCAGCAGGUCACAGCACUACAAUCCCGAGGAGAACACUAUCACCAACAUCUGCACCUCUAACAUCAUCCUGGACCUGCCUCAGGUCACCACGCGCUCCCGUACCGGUGCCAUCAAGCCCCAGACUCCGCCCGCCAGCACCAUGCCGAACCCCCCCACUGUCACAAAGAUCAUCAUCAAGCAGAUGCCGCUACCGUCCGGUGGCGUUUCGGUCAUCUCCACGACCGCCUCUUCGCCGCGCCAGCCGCCGCCGCUGCAGCAGAUGCAGAACACCCCGCCCCCACCCCGGCUGCAGCAAAUGGUGCACGCCCAGGCUCCGCCUCCUCUACAGGCCAAACCGCGAGGUGGAGGAGCGGCUGCGGCCACCGCGCCCCCUCCACUGCAGAUUAAAGUCGUCCCAUCGUCACGGCAGUCCGACCCGAGGGCGCCGAUCAUCCUGACAUCAUCCGCCAAAGCAGCCACGUCAGUUACCUCCUCAUCGGGUGUGACGGUGGAGAUGGGGCAGGGGGAUUCUGUGAUGGUGGGGGGAGAGGAAGUGGGGGAGGCAGAGGAGGGGAUGGAGGUGGAGCUGAACGUAGCGCCUGGUCCCACUGUGACCCCCACAGCCCCGCCCAAUAUAUGUGUGCGAGCCGGCUGCACCAACCCCGCCGUGGAGAGCAAAGACUGGGACAUGGAGUACUGCAGCAACGAGUGUGUCGCCACACACUGCAGAGACGUGUUCAUGGCCUGGUGCGCCAUCAGAGGACAAAACUCCACCACGGUCACAUAGACCGAGGACACAUGGACACACAGACUCAAAGACACGCGUACUGCAAACAAACAAGAACGACUGACUC